AUGUCACGAGGAGACUCUGGAUAUAUGAGCUCGAGUGAUGGUCUAGACAUCUUUGAAAAAGCAAACGAAGAAAUAAAGCAAAUUGAAGAACUUUAUAGAAUAAAAAAUUCAAGAUCGUUUUUUGUUGACCAAAAUAACGGAUCUUGCUUGACAGAUAAUCUUGAUAAUAAUGCUCCGCCUCUUCAGCGAAAUAAAUCACCGAAGACACUACCUUCUGACAACACCCCAAACGAAACAGUUCCAACAAGAUCGUCGGCACCAAAAACAUUGAAGGGUAAACGGUCACGCGCUUUCAGUCCUUCAUCUGAGCAACAGCAAUCAACUCCAUUAUUAUCAGGGCCAACAAUACCAAUCCAUCGCGCAACAGCUUCAUUAGAUUCCAAUAAAGUUACAUUAACAUCCGAGGUUCAUAAGAUGAGACAACAAUCAGCUCCUUGCUCGCCACAAAUAACCCCCCUAUCAAGGCCUCCAUUGCCCAUCCCAGUAACAGGAUCGGCACCAACUCAUC